UCUUUUUAAUCAUAAAGACAAGGAGAGAAUUGUAAAUUCACAAUGUGUGAAUAGGAUUUGAUGAGGCUACUUGGUUACUGUAUUGGGUGAGAACAGACAUUAAGGUGAGUUCCGCAUUCCACGCAGUGCAACCCACGGAACCGAAGAAGUAGCCACCAAUCAGAACAUGACACGCAAGAGAAGCGGUCACGUGGCUGCCAGAGAUGAGGGUGUCAGGGUAGUAAGGUGGAGUGGAGCGUAGGAGAUCGAGAGCCAGUACGAAUCCCUCCAAGGCUGUUUCUAAAUCUGAAGCUUUUGCCGGUAUUAGCUAUGGCAAACGCCAAAGAGGAGAGAAAGGAGGUGAGAUUCUGGGGCGCAUUGAAGAUGUUGGCUGUAUUAAUACUCGUUGUCUUUACUCAUAACCGCCUACCCACUACACUGAUCGAAGCUGGGAGCUUUUCCAGAGUUGAGAUUAAGAAGAAGAAGCAAAGAAAGCAACAACUGUUCCAAUGGCCCAACAAACCACCGGAAAUGCCUCACUGGCCGCCACCGCCAAUACCCACAACAAUGAGAGCAAUAACAACGGCAACAGCGGCAACAACGUGGUCAUAUGCACCAUUUGCAUCGACCCAGUCAUCGAGAACGGGCCCCGAGCCGUGGUUCGGCUUGGCUGCGGGCAUCAGUUCCAUCUGGCCAGUAGCAGUUCUUCCUUGGUGUCCUAUUUUUGGACUUUUCACUCAUGGACCUUAUGAGGUAUGGGGAUUGCCAUCUCAUGGAUAUGGUCCUACUUUCAGCCAUCAAUUGAAUCUCCUUCCGCCUCCUGGCAAUGCUCCUGCCCAAGGCCUCCCUGGCAUGUUGCACUAUGGCAAUUGGGGUACCUUCUCUCCAACAAGUGAGAAUUCUAGCAGGGCCAAUCCGACUGUUCCCUCCAUGAUGGGGCUGUCUUGGGUUGCUUCUGGCAGAGUACCAAGUCUGCAAUCAGUCACUCAGCCAGUUGUUCUCGACCAUGGGUCUGGUGCUUUUGGCCCUUUGCCCUCUUCGAUUGGUUCACCUGUGGUGUAUACAGCAUCACCGCCUGCUCAGCCUGCUGACUUUUACAUGGUUCCUCCUUCAGGCUCAGGCUUGCUGGGCCAGAUUCCCCGGCAAGCAGUUCCAAGUCCAGUCAUCCAUAACCGCAUGUUGGGACUUGACAGAAGAAUAAUUUCUCAAUAUAUCACAAACAGCAGAGAUCCAGUUUGGUGGGUAGCUAAUUAAGCUUCUGCUGUGUAUGGUCAUGGCAGCUGUGGGAGAACUGGCAGUCCCCAGUAUUGGGAAAAAAGGUUUUCGUGCCAGUAAUCCGAAUCAAUCUAAGGCACUGGUUGCUCUUUAAUCACAUGCAGAUCCUUAGAAUUUGAUUUUAUAAACUUGAGUUCCCAUUGUACACUCCUAGAUACUAGGUUGACUUGUAUAUUUUCUUUUUUUUUUGUGCUGAUUAACAUCACUGUAUGUAUAUAUAUUUUUUUGUACAAAACUGAAUCAAAUCAAUUGAGCAUCGUUUCUCAAAAUCAAUCCUUGUCUACUCUCUUUAUCCAGAGGCAUUUGAAUGCUUCCUUCUUUGUAAAGCCGA